AUGCGCGCGCGCUAUUUGUUGACAGAUCCCGAAAAUUUGUCUCAUUGCUCAGAACUCCUUGGAGGUAGUAAAGAACCGAAGUUAUGGAGAAGCCUAAAUCCGUUAAAAAGAAGAAAAGACCAUAUACACACUUUUGCUCCCACUGGAAUUUACCCGCUUAACCCGGAAAAGGUUCUAAAGAAGCUGCCUGAUUAUAAAGAAGCUGCGGAUUAUGGCGAUUACCAAGCUAAACUUGACUAUCUAAAAGAGUUGAGAUUACCAGCCAACAAACCGUAA